AUUGAUAUGCCUCGGAUCUGAAUGCCAUCCUACUGCACUGCUGCAGAGUGCAGAAUGCCACAGCAAGGGGUCGAUCACCAGGCAGUGCUUGAGUUAAUGCCGAGCCCCCUGCAGAUUAUUAGUAAUCUAGCUGGAGAUCAUUUGUGUGAAGAUCACCAAUCAACAGUCAGCUCAAGAGUUCAGACCCUCCGGUCUGUCGGAGCAGGACGUCACCAUGGUGCCCGUACUGGCGAUGCUGCUGAACGGCGUGCUGCUGUUCCUAGUGCCGCCGCUGCUCAUCCUCUAUACCACUCUGAUGAUUCUGGCGCCGUUCGGACUCUCGCUCGGCGUCCGCAAGAAGUAUGUCCAGCUGCUGAUCAAGAUCUUUGAGUUUGGUCGCGUGCGUCUGGAACAGAAGAGAAACAGAAAGAACCAGAUGUCCGGCGACGGACACCACGACCAAGACGAGGACGAAGAGAUGGACGAUAAACUGCUGUUGGUGCCAGAUCCGGACUCUGAGAAAAAGGCCAGAGAGAACGGCCGCCGGAUCCUGCGUAUGGGAUCGGUAUGCGAAGCCGAACCGAAGGAUCUGGUUAGCUUCCAGCUGGACUCGUGUCUUGACUACAUCAAAUCGGGCAUCCAGGCCAUCGUCGAUGAUGAAGUCACCAAACGCUUCUGCGCCGAGGAACUCAAGUCGUGGAACAUGCUGACGCGGACGCAGCAGAACUACGAGUUCAUCAGCUGGCGGCUGACGUUCCUCUGGUUCGUCGGCUUCUUCUUCCGCUACUUCUUCCUGCUGCCCGUGCGCAUCACCAUCUUCUUCACAUCGGUGAUCUGGAUGGUGCUGGUCAUGUCCCUGCUCGGCUGUCUGCCGGACAGUCCGGCGCGCCGCUGGACCGCUCAGCACGUCAGUGUGUUCUGCUUUCAAUUCAUGUCCAACACCCUCUCUGCCGUGGUCACCUACCACAACCCCGAGAACCGGCCGCGUCGCGGCAUCUGCGUGGCCAAUCACACCACACCGAUCGAUGUGCUCAUCCUCAACUGCGAUCAGGCCUACAGCUUGAUCGGCCAGCGGCACAGCGGCUUCCUGGGUCUGCUGCAGCGGGCUUUGACCCGCGCCUCGUCACACAUCUGGUUCGAGCGUGGCGAGACCAAGGACCGCUCGGCAGUGACGCGCCGCCUCAAGGAGCACGUGGACGACCCGAACAAGCUGCCCAUCCUCAUCUUCCCCGAGGGCACGUGCAUCAACAACACGUCGGUGAUGCAGUUCAAGAAGGGCAGCUUCGAGGUCGGCGGCACCAUCUACCCGGUGGCCAUCAGGUACGAUCACCGGUUCGGCGACGCGUUUUGGAACAGCAGCCAGUACAGCAUGCUGCACUACCUGUUCAUGAUGAUGACGUCGUGGGCUAUCGUGUGCGACGUCUGGUACCUGCCGCCCACCACCCGGCAGCCCAACGAGUCGGCCAUCGACUUCGCCAACCGCGUCAAGGCCUCGAUCGCCAGCGCCGGCGGCCUGGUCGACCUCAUGUGGGACGGCCAGCUGAAGCGUAUGUCGGUAAAGCAGGAAUGGCGAGAGAAGCAGCAGCAGCACUUCACCCGCCGUAUGCUGGCCAUCAACAAGGAAAUACGAGACGACGAACAGCGAGAGAAAGACGAGUGAGCCGCGGCGGUGGCGAUAAACGACGCACCAAGACACGCAGGGAUUGGCGGGUGACGAGAGCGCGCACGCCGGAACGGAACAGGACAGUCAUGAGUGAGUGAUAGACAGCUAUGCAGUGUGAACAGUCAGGUUUGAAGAACGUGAUGAUGAACUUCACAUCUGUAGGUGUGAAAAAUGGAAAGUGUUCUUUGGUGAGCGCUGGUGUGAUGUGUUUGGUCGCUCGGCGGUGCUGAGCGGGGCGAUUUCUGCGGCAUUAGUCCACGGACGGCGCACGACUCGUCCGUAAAACUAUGCCCGGCCGACUGCCGAUCUGCGUGCAAUACGACACUGCUCUCUCCUAGACUGAGCCGGCACCGACUGGAGAGGCCUCGGUGCCCCGUCUGACCGUGGAAGACGCUGUGCGAGUCUACUGGCCGGCGCAGACGCAGGGAACGACCGCACACAUGGCGAGCGACCCACCUGGGUUGUGCCACUGAGACGCACAGUGCAGUCAGUUCAGCAUUCGUGGACCUUCGCUAGUGUCCAGCGUUUGCGAACCAGUGCUGGCUGCGUCAGACUCGAUCGCGCUGUCCGCGACAGGUGAACGACAAGCCCGAGACAAGCCCUUCCUGCGGCUGGGGCCGGAACAGUGCCGUGAGCUUGCCAGUAACGCUGUGUUCUGAGGACUCUGAUGAUGGGGACUGAACAUUGGGGCAGUUUUGUCCCGUGGUGUGAAGUAGGGGCUACGUUUCAGACCAGUGUUGUGGUACCUUGCGGUGUCCUGAUAUCAUAGACGGUGUGUUUCUUGUGAUGACUCACAGUCGAAUAUCAGAGCGGUGCGGGAGGGAAAGAUUCAGCGGGAGGGCUGUAGUGGGACACAUUGACCGUUGUAGACCGAUGACAGUACUGGAGACAUGGCAGACUAGCCGCACGGAUGCAUCAAUCGGUCCCCACGGACCAGUUCUACAGAUACUCAUCGAAAGCUCAGUGUUUGCAUGUGUUCGUUUUCCGUCUUUGUACGCGUGUGAACGACGUAUUAGAGGGCGAGUGGUCCCUGCAGUAUCAGUGCUGCCAAGUAUGAUCAGUGUGUGCCUCGAAGAGACUAUUUUUGCGUGCGGAGAGGCUACUAGGCGGGGAAGUGAGUGCUGAUUGUGCCCUGUUUGAUGGUCGUUAUCAGGAGGCGGGGAAUUCGGGGGGCCAGGGAAGGGACCGUGACCGCUUUAAGGCGUGACCGAAAGUGACGCAGUACUCCAGUUUUGUUGAUAAUUGCGCGACAAGUCUUACGUGAUCUAUUAUUUCUGUGCCUACAUCAGCGUUAGGCAUGUUUAGUCAGUCGCGCGUUUGCCCGGUCCAUUCCAGCAGCUCUACUACAGUCGUUGGCCAUAGUUGGUGUGCGUUUGUUUGUUUGUUUGUUUUUCAGAGGACCACGCGUUUGUGUUUGCUGGGACGCGCCGCCCGCCCGCCCGCGGUGGCGGCACGCCCGGCCGGCAGUGCUUCCAUACCAGGUUGUCUAGUCGUUGGGUGCGAGUUGGUGUCGCUGGAGCCGCCCCUGGUCCGGGGUCGGUCCCUGUGUGUUAGCUCUGCCAGUGGCGGCGCCAGGAGACCGGCCUGGGGGGCAGCGGUGAGCGCCGACUGUGCCCUGUCAGUCAAUACACGGUUCUGACCGA